AUGGAACUUUUCGAGACCAACCCGUACUUCUUUCCUGACCAACGCUUUUAUGAAGGCGGCGAUAACUUUUUUCCAUCCCGACUGCCAGGAGGCUUUGACCAGGGCGGCUACCAGGAGCGGAGCUCCAUGAUGGGGCUAUGUGGCGACGGGAGGCUGCUGUCAGCCGGUGUGGGGUUGGAGGAGAAAGUAUCCCCUCCAUCCAGCUUGGGCCUGCCCUUGUCUCCUCACCAGGAACAGCAGCAUUGCCCAGGCCAGUGCCUCCCCUGGGCUUGUAAGGUAUGCAAGCGGAAGUCAGUUACCAUGGAUCGACGGAAAGCGGCCACCCUUCGCGAGAAGAGGAGGCUGAAGAAGGUGAACGAGGCCUUCGAAGCGCUCAAGCGUAGCACGCUGAUGAACCCCAACCAGAGGCUGCCCAAAGUGGAGAUUCUGCGAAGCGCCAUCCAGUACAUUGAGAGGCUGCAAGCUCUGGUCAGUUCUCUCAACCAGCAGGAGCAUGAGCAGGCCGGCCUGCACUUCAGAGCCUCUGCUCCACAGAGGGUGUCCUCCUCCAGUGAGCAGGGCUCUGGCAGCACCUGCUGUAGCAGCCCUGAGUGGAGCAGUGCUUCAGAGCACUGUGCUCCUGCCUACAGCUCCACCCACGAGGACCUCUUAAACGACGACUCCUCGGAGCAGACCAACCUGCGGUCCCUGACAUCUAUUGUAGACAGCAUCACGGCCACAGACGGAGCCUCCGUCGCCUACUCAGUGGACAUUUCCAAAUGA